UGGUAGGUUUCGUGUGUAACUAUCAACUAGACACACACGUUACCUUCAGCUAUAAGUGUGUACCUAUAGUUUUCAAUUGUUCCAGGUCUAGAUUAAUUUUACCGUGACGGUUUUAUCGCCGUUCGCUACUUUGAGAAGAUAACAAUAAUAAGAUAAACGAAAAAAUUCUACAGACGCGUUCCAUAUAAUCUCAUUAUGACAACAAAAAGGAAAGGCUAUGAUUGGGUUGUGGAAGAGAGUGUGAACAGGCCUACUUUGAAACUUUUCAACAGUUUCACCAAGCGAAAAGAAGUUUUCAAGCCGAAGGAAGGAAACAAGAUCAUCUGGUACAGCUGUGGCCCAACGGUCUAUGAUGCUUCUCACAUGGGACAUGCUAGAUCUUACAUGUCAUUCGACAUACUAAGGCGAGUGUUGAAAGAUUACUUCAAGUAUGAUGUUCUGUAUGUAAUGAACAUCACGGAUAUCGAUGACAAAAUCAUAAGAAGAGCUCGGAGGCAAUAUCUCUUCAACAAGUAUCUUGAAACUGCCGCAGCGAAGGGGAAAAAGAGCGAGGAAAUUUUGGCAGACGCUUGUGAAGCUCUUACAAUUUUCCGCACCAAAGUUGAGGCUGCUGAAGACCAAGCAGUUAAACAGAUGCUCAUCAAUCAGACAGAGAAGGUCAACAGCGUUAUGCCUGAGCUGGAGGCUGCUGUUAAGAAAAAUGAUGAUGCCUUAUUAGGGCCGGUUCUAGAAAACUUUUUGAGAGUGAGUGAAGACGUCAUGAGCGAAUGGCUCGACCAUACCUUAGGCCAUACUGUGAAGGAUAAUAGCAUUUUUCUCUCCCUGCCGCGAUAUUGGGAAGAAGAGUUUCACAAAGACAUGGAAGCUCUCAAUAUAUGCGUACCAGAUAUUGUAUGUAGAGUGACUGAUUAUAUUCCAGAAAUAAUUAAAUAUAUAGAACAAAUUCAAAAUAACGGUUUUGCAUAUGAAUCACACAAUUCAGUCUACUUUGAUGUUACAGCGUUCGAUUCGAACAGUACUCACCAUUAUGCUAAAUUAGUGCCGGAAGCAGUUGGUGACCUUAAGUUGUUAGAAGAAGGAGAAGGCGUACUCUCAGAAAGUAAAGAGAAAAAAUCGCCCGGCGAUUUUGCUUUAUGGAAAGCGUCAAAACCUGGCGAGCCAUUUUGGGAUAGCCCUUGGGGCAAAGGACGUCCAGGAUGGCAUAUUGAAUGUUCGGUAAUGGCUUCGCACAUUUGUGGCGAUACACUGGACAUCCAUACAGGUGGGGUCGACUUGAAAUUCCCCCACCAUGAUAAUGAAAUAGCACAAGCCGAGGCUUAUUAUAAAAAAGACUUAUGGGUUAGGUACUUUCUUCAUUCAGGACAUUUAAAAAUCGAAGGGCAGAAGAUGUCCAAAUCCUUGAAGAAUUUUAUUACUAUUAAAGAAGCUCUGACAAAGUAUACAGCGAGGCAGUUGAGAUUGCUGUUUCUGUUACAUUCUUGGCGCGAUCAACUCGAUUACAGUGAUUCGACAAUGCUCAUGGCCUUGAAUUAUGAGAAGACGAUAAAUGAAUUUUUUCUGAGGGUAAAAGACUUCUUGAACAUUUCAAAAAAGACUAACUUCGUUGAUAACUUCCACAAAUAUACAGAUAACGAUGUUAAAAUGAAGGAGAAGUUUCAGAGGACUAAGGAUGCUGUUCAUGCUGCCUUCUGUGAUAGUGUAGAUACAAGGACUGUUAUGGAGACGAUCAAAGAGUUUAUAAGCUACUGCCACUCGUACUUAGAUCAGAAGAAUGUCGACAUAUCUCUCAUCGAGAACAUCGCUUUAUAUGUUACUGAUAUGCUCAAAAUAUUCGGCCUAAUAUUUGUAAAAUCUUCGAUUGGAUUUCCAGUCAAUGUGAAUGCCUCUGUGGACGUGGAAGAAGUUCUCACUCCAUAUUUAAGGAUUCUAGGUAACUUUAGGGAUGAUGUAAGAAAUAGUGCCAAGUGUUCGAAAGAUAUUGAAGUUUUGAAAUUGUGUGAUCAAUUGAGAGACGAUGUUUUACCAAAUGUCGGGGUACGUCUUGAAGAUAAGACUGAAGGCCCCUGUACAAUCAAACUAGUCGAUAGAACUGUACUGUUGGAAGAACAGAGGAUCAAAAGGGAAGAAGCUGCAGCUAAAAUGAAUAAAAAGAAAGAGAAAGUGAAUGUGAAACAAAAUCCAGAACCUGUUGAACCGCCACAAAACAUGUUCCGUUCCAUGAAGGACAAAUAUUCAGCUUUUACAGCAGAGGGUAUGCCAACUCAUGAUGCAGAAGGUAAAGAAAUUAGUAAGGGGCAGAUGAAGAAGCUUACAAAACUGUACCAAGCUCAAGAAAAGAAAUAUGAGAAAUUUGUUGCUGAUUCAGCUUUAAAAAAAUAAAUAAACAUUACCCAAAAUUAA